UACGUACUAUAUACAUAUGUAUAUGUAUAUUGACAUUUAUUAAGACGUCUUCACGUGGCAACAUCAAGCGUCAAGCAUUUGUCUGCGCAAAAAAUCAUUGCGCAAAUGUAAAAGAUACCUAGAUUCUAGCGUCUUACAUCUAAUAACAUAGUAAGUAAUAUAUAUGAUCGAGAUCAACAAAUCAUGACGACAUUUAUUAUUUUCCAAUGGGUGGGAAAGACUCAGAUAAAAGCGCCAAUGUAUCCACACGAGUGACAUUAAUGCGAGUUAACGUAUCGAAACUUGUUCAGUGUUUAUAUGUAAUAUGGCAUUCGAAAGUGUUGUGUUUAUUAUUUUUGCGUGGACUGUCGUAAUUUACUUUUACUACAAGUUUCGCUGGUCGAUUUUUAUAAAAACGGUAAAAAACGUGCCCGGUCCAAAAGUAUUUCCGCUUAUUGGAAGUGCCUUAUAUUUCGUAAGGAGAUAUCCUGAAGAUAUUAUGGAUAUUCUACUUAAGCUUGCGAAAGAUUAUUCGUCCCCGUUUCAAAUUUGGAUAAGCACCAAAUUAUAUAUUGGAAUAGACGAGCCAGAUAAAAUAAAGGUCAUCUUACGACAUCGCGGUUGCUUGAAUAAGGGUGAUCUAAAUAGUUUUAUUGAAGAAGUAUUUGGUAAAACGUCAUUACUAACAAUUCCUGCAUACAUAUGGACUAAGCAUCGAAAAAUAUUAUCGUCAAGCUUCAACUCAAAUAUGUUACGAAACUUUUUUGAUAAAUUUGUCGAACACUCUUUAAUAUUUAUGGACAAAUUAGAAAAAAUUGGAUUAAAUGGAAAUGAGAUGGAAUUAUAUGAAUCUCUACUUCAAUGCUCAGUGAGCGUUGCAUGUGACACUGUAAUUGGCGUCAAGUGGGAUUUACGGUCAGACAAAAUCGAUCAAUAUUGUAAAGCAAUAACAAGGUGCAGAAAAAUUGUAAGCCGCAGAUAUACGAAUUUAUUAUUGUAUCCUAAUGUUAUAUUUAAACGCACAAGUUUAGGACGUGAAUAUCAAAAGUGUUUAAAUAUCAAAUAUUCCUUCGUGAAUGAGUUGAUACAGCAGCGACGAUACGCAUUAAAUAAAUCGGAGACUGAUAUAAAUAAAACAACUCACAGGGCAAUUUGCGACAUGCUUUUGAACAACUCUAACGAAGAAAUAUUCACGGAAGAGGUUAUUCAUGAUAAUGUGUUUACGAUGUUAGCAGCGGCCAGUGACACAACCACCAUAACGAUGGAUUUUAUGAUCUUCAUGUUAGCGAAUUUUCCGAAGAUCCAAGAGAAGGCAUAUCAGGAAUUGUUGGGGAUUUAUGGCAUGAAAAGUCCGAAAGUCGCACCAAUUAAAUAUGAAGAUUUACAGUCUAUGGACUAUUUGGAUCGAGUUAUUAAGGAAACGAUGCGAUUAUUCCCUGCGGUGCCUUUAAUCGCACGACAACUAACCGAAGAUUUAAGUUUAGGAGAGAUUAUGUUGCCAAAAGAUGCUACUAUAGUCAUAUUACUGCAAAACGUCCUCCGAAAUGAAAAACAUUGGCCAAAUCCAUUAAUGUUCGAUCCGGAUAGAUUCCUGCCCGAAAGAUUGGGAAACUCUUACUCGGAUUAUUAUAUACCUUUUAGUAACGGGCCUAGAAAUUGCAUAGGUGUGAAGUUUGCGAUGAUUUCCAUGAAAGUUAUACUAGCGACUUUGAUACGAACAUUUGUAUUUAAAGUCGAUAAAAGUAUUCCGAUCGAUAAAAUAAAAUUAAAGUUUGAAGUUUUACUGGCUCCUACUCAGCCCCUAAAAGUUAAAAUUGAAAGGCGGAAUUUUUUAUCAUAAACAAUAUAAUAUUUAUGAAUAUGUUUAACAAAAUAUAUUUUUACGGAAAAUUUCAAGGAGAAUUGAAAAGUCAAAAUGAUGUCAAUUUGACGUCAUAUUGACUAAAUUUAUGUCAU